AUGAGUGCUCUGUUGUCAGAGGCGGAUUUGAAUGAUUUCAUAAGUCCUGGUUUGGCUUGCGUCAAGCCUACAGAGUCAAAGAAGAUCAGUGUCGAUGCAGACGAGCGAGAGAUCCAAGUAGGCAAAGAGCCGGACGAGCUCGAAAAGGUUUCCAUAACAUUACAAGACUGCCUCGCGUGUGCUGGGUGCAUCACGUCGAGUGAAGAGAUACUCCUGAGUAGACAGAGCUAUUCAGUGUUUAUGGAUUCAUGGCAAACACUGGCUGGAGAAAUGGUGCUGGCCGUGAGCAUAUCGCCCCAGGGCAGACUAUCGCUAGCGAACUACUUCCAAAUGGGCCUAGACCAGCUGGACCUCUGUCUACUUAACUUUUUCAAGAGCUACUUUGGCUGCAAGUACUUUGUGGGGACCCAGAUGGGCCGAAAUAUCACUAUCAGCAGAACGAAUCAAGUGCUACAGGAAAGAAAAACCAGCGGCGAAUCAGCAGCUAAACCGAUGCUGAGUGCGGUGUGUCCCGGGUUCGUCCUUUACGCUGAAAAGACGAAGCCAGAGCUGGUCCCAUAUUUAUUGAACAUCAAGUCACCACAACAGAUAACCGGCUCUCUGCUGAAGGAUUCCGUGCCCCAGGACGAGAAGGUGUACCAUCUAGCGAUAAUGCCGUGCUUUGAUAAAAAACUGGAGGCAUCGAGACCGGACGGCGAGCAAGAGGUGGACUGCGUGAUAACACCCAAGGAGCUCGUCACCAUGCUGCAAGAGCUGAACGUCGACUUUGCCGCUUUCCAGACCGCAGACACAAACAUCGUAAACGAGCUAUCGCCGCCGGGCUGGGACCCGCUUCUGCACUGGUCGUCCAACGAGGGCAGCAGCUCGGGUGGUUUCGCGUACCAGUACGUGUCGGAGCUGCAAAAAACACACCCAGGCUCCCGGCUGCUGGUGCUGCCAGGCAAAAACAGCGACGUCAGGGAGUACAGGCUCGUCGAAGCCACCGCCGGCCACCAGCCCAGCACCAUCGCUUCCUCAAGCGAACUGUACGGCUUCAGAAACAUCCAGAACAUGGUGCGCCGCCUGACCUCCGCACGACGUGCCAAGCCGAGAACAGUGCGCGCGCUCAGAAAGCGCACCACGACGCCAGAACACCAGCAACAACCCCCCGAGCACCGCCUCCCGGAGGCCGAUCCCUACAAUUGCGACUUCAUCGAGGUGAUGGCCUGUCCGGGCGGCUGUAUCAACGGCGGUGGCCUGCUGAACUCGGACAUCCACGGCGAAGCCGCCCCGAACCGCAAACGAGACGCCAUCGACAAGAUGAACAAACUGUACGCCAGCCAGUUGACCACGAUCGACGCCGCGACCGUGGGCAAGCGGCUAGACGAGCUCUCCCGAAGCUCUGCUCGUCAAUACGUCUACGAGUUCAACCCCAUCGUGCCCGCGCCCGACGAUAACAUCGUGUCUGUGGCCAACACAUGGUGA